AUGAAAAGUUCAAUUGUCUCCAGUUCACAACCACGAUCUGUCGCUGUCGGCGAUUUUAAUAAUGAUCAUCAAAUGGAUAUUGUUGUAGCCAAUUCUGGUACAAAUACUAUUGGCAUAUUUCUUUCACAAGACAGUGAAAAUUUUACAAAUCAACAAAUAUAUCCAACUGGAUUCGACUCUCGUCCUUAUUCACUUGUUGUUAAUGAUUUCAAUAAUGAUAAUUAUUUAGAUAUUGCUGUGGCUAAUUAUGGUACCAAUAAUAUUGGAGUAUUUUUAGGAAAUCAAAAUGGAACAUUUUCUAAUCAAAUAAUAUUUUCACUUUAUUCUUCUCAUCCAUGUUUUAUUACUGUUGGUGAUUUCAAUAAUGAUAAUCAAACGGAUAUUGUUGUAGCUAACCAUGAUACUAAUAAUAUUGGUAUUCUUCUUGGAAAUGGUAAUGGAUCUUUUCAAGAGCAAAUAACUUAUUCUACUGGUUAUGAUUCUCAUCCAUAUGCAUUAGUGAUUGGUGAUUUCAAUAAAGAUAAUCGAUCAGAUAUUGCUGUGGCUAAUUAUGGUACAGAUAAUAUUGGUAUUUUUCUUGGGUACGGUAAUGGAACAUUUGCAAACCAAAAAAUAUAUACAACUACUCUGAACUCGAAUCCAUCUUCUAUUGCUGUUGGAGACUUAAAUAAUGAUAAUUAUCUCGAUAUAAUAGNNNNGCAAAUUUCUACCCUUUACACUUUAGCAUUUCUUUUACAUGAUGUUUCACAAAAUGUUGUCAGUCUAGAAAACCAGCAUGCAUAUUAG